AUGGAAUCUAAUCUUGUGAUUGGUGACGGCAGUGGUCAAGCCUGUGGCUCCCUGAGUGUCUGUGGUGAGCCGCGCUACAAGGAGCGGGAAUCGCGCUCUAUCUCUAGAAGUGGAAGUGGACGGAGAUCUCAAAAAUCCGCAAUCUCUAUCCAUUUAAGAUCUCGUUCCAAGGAACAGUCCAAACAUUCUAGAUCAAAGUCACGAUCCCGCUUUCGAUCUCGAACCAGAUCCCGCUUUCGAUCCCGAACCAGAUCCCGCUUUCGAUCCCGAACCAGAUCCCGCUCCCGCUGCUGCCGAAGACGCUCCCGUAGCAGGUCUUACAGCCGUGAUUUUCGGGAUUACCGCAGGUACUUUAGCCGCAGUCGUUCUCCAAUGGCUCCCCGUAGGCGCCAUUUCGAUAAUCGGUCCCAUCCUGAUCCCAACUGUUGUCUCGGUGUAUUUGGACUGAGUCUUUACACCACGGAAAAGGAUUUAAGAGACAUAUUCGCCAAAUAUGGCCCAAUUUCGAAUGUGGCCAUUGUGUAUGACCAGCAGUCCAGGCGCUCCAGGGGGUUUGCUUUUGUGUAUUUUGAAAAUGUGGAUAAUGCCAAGGAAGCUAAAGAAGGUGCUGAUGGGAUGGAGGUUGAUGGGCGAAGGAUCAGGGUAGAUUUUUCUAUAACAAAAAGACCCCACACUCCCACACCUGGAGUCUACAUGGGAAGACCUACUUAUGGCAGACGAAGUGCUUUCUUUGAUCGAGGAGCAUAUGAACGUGUUAGUGACCGGGACUAUUACUAUAGACCCUAUAGAGGAGCAGCUGGAAUUUCCUCUCUAAUGGGAAGCAGAGGAGGAUGGAGAAGUGGCCCAGAGAGGGAUCUGAGCUACAGAAGGCGUUCACCAUCUCCUUAUUACAGCCGGAGAUACCGAUCCCGUUCCAGAUCUCGACCUUACUCUCCUCAUCACUUUUAA